AUGGCGCACCGAGGCGGAUCCCGCGUCCCCAACACGACACAGGUCGUCCCGGGCGCGGCCGUCAACAUCGUCCUCAAGGAGGACCAGCCGACCGGGCGCACCGUAUCUGGCGCCGUGCGCGACGUGCUGACCAAGGGCAACCACCCGCGCGGCAUCAAGGUGCGCCUGUCGGACGGGCGGGUCGGGCGGGUGCAGAGUCUCGCCUCGGCCUCGGCAGUCGCUUCUUCCUCCUCGGCAGACCUUGCCGUCGCCACAGAAGGCCCGCCGCGCCACCGCGGCAUGGCGAGGGACGUGCGGCUGGACGAGCAAGAGUACGGCGCGCCGCCGCCGGAGAGGGGCCUGGAUGCGUUCGUCAUCAAGCCCGCCAAGGUGCGGGGAGGGAAGAAGAAGGGGAAGGGUGCCAAGGGUGCUGGUGCUGGUGCCGCGGAGGAGGGUGGGGAGGAGAAGGCGGUUGAGUCGUCGACGUGUCCGGUCUGUGGCGAGUUUGAGGGCGACGAGGCUGCUGUUGCGCAUCAUGUCGCGAUGCAUUUUGACUAG